ACAACACCCCCCCUUUUUUCCUUUUUUCUGCCUCUCUUAUUCUGGAGCGUUGUUUUACCUGUCUGGAUUCUAGCGUUACACUCGACUUGUACGGAACAUAACACUUUUUUAACGGGCUUGUUUUUGGAUUUAAAAAAAAUUCAAUCCAGACCCUCCUCCCCUCCAAAAAAAUGUACCCCUGAAGCAAACUGAAAACAAAUUAUAAUAAGUGUCUCUUAGGGAGCAGCGGGCAGUCUGAGGAAAGGGAGACGCACCGACAGGAGAGAGUGUUUUGUCGUGUCUCUGCUACAGGAGAAAGGGAGGGACAGGCUUCCAGGGGCUGGUUAGCUGACUCAGCCCAGGCUGCAGAGAACCCACAGCCAGUCCACCCAACUAGGGGGAACAGAACCCACAGCCUGUCCGCCCAACUAGGGGGGGGAACGGAACCUUCCUGCAAGUUUUCUCAUCGGCACCGCACGCCCUUCUGCAACAUUCCGUGCCGGAGUAUGGAUGGAUGAAGGGAUGAGGAAGGAGGAGAAAUAGCAAAGGCUGCGUUGCAUUCAGCACCAGAGGGAGUGUGGAGAGGCUGCGACAGGAGACUUGAGCUGCUAACUGAUGGAUUUCUAGCUUUUCCCAUCCCAAACCCUCUUUCUAAUACGUCUUUUAAGUAGCCGGGCUCGUCCUUGGACUAGGAAAAGCUGCAUCGGACGUCACUCGUCGGAUAGGACAACAAAUUUGGACUAAUUGAUUAUCAUCAACGUUUGCUUUUCCACUUGGGGCUCUGUCGGGUUGGGCGUGUGACCGUUUGUUGGUUUAUCUGUGUGUGUGAGUGUGUGUUUCUGUGUAUGCAUGCGCAUGUGUUGGUGAACAUCUGUGGAAUUUGGGGAUUUCAUUUCUUUCUUCUCUCUCGAUGUCCGGCGUUGUCGGCUGCAAUUCUUCCCCGCGCUGCCCAUGCCCGUCGCGUGCCCGGCCCCAAGGUUAACCCUUGCUAAGCCGCAGGCAGGAUGAGUGAGUGCUCGGCAGCGACUGCCUCCGGGGCAGUGAUCCUGGAGGAGCCCGAAGUGAGUGGGGCCCCUGGAGUCCGAAGGGAGGCUCAGGCCCAAGGCCCCCUGCGCUGUGGCGGCUGCGCCCUGUGGCCCCGCCAGCAGACCUGGCUGUGUGUGGUCCCGCUUCUCAUCGGCUUCAUCGGCCUGGGACUCAGCCUCAUGCUGCUCAAGUGGAUCGUGGUCGGGACCGUCAGAGACUACGUUCCCACAGACCUGGUGGACGCCAAGGGAAUCGGACAGGAUCCCUUUUCCCUGUCCAACCCCAGCGAUCCCCCAAACAACCACCAACCGGAUACCACCACCACCGCUGGUAACCCCACCUCCAGCACCACCACGGUGGGGAGGGUUAGAACUCGAGCCACCUCCACUGCCGCCCGGGGGGGCGGAGCCUCCGGAACUCAGGUGAUGCCUCGGAACCCCACUUCGCAUCAGAGCGAUGCCGGAGGGCGGGGGGGAGGAGGAGGAGGAGCACGUGGACCUGUGGUUACUACGACGACCACCGCAGCGCCGGGAGGCACGUCCAACGUGGCGGCGUCCACCUCCAGCCCUCUGCCGUCCAAUCCCACGGUGCUCCACGACUCCACGCAGAUGUGGACUCACGAGCACACGCCCACGCAGAGGGCCGUGACCACGCUCGCCGGGCGCACCCACGGCCACCGGAAAACCCCGGCUCCCACCGCCCCCCCUCUGCGCUCGGAGCACUUCAAGCCGUGCCACGAGAGGGACCUGGCGUACUGCCUGAACGACGGAGAAUGCUUCGUCAUCGAGACUCUGAGCGGCCCUCACAAGCACUGCAGGUGCAGGGAAGGUUACCAGGGGAUCCGCUGUGACCAGUUUCUGCCCAAAACCGACUCCAUUCUCUCAGAUCCAACAGACCACUUGGGCAUUGAGUUUAUGGAGAGCAAGGAGGUCUACAAGAGGCAAGUGCUGUCAAUCACGUCCAUCGCCGUGGGAAUCAGCCUUCUGGGCAUGCUCUGUAUGGCUCUCUACUGCCGCAACAAGAGGCGUCGAGAGAAGCUGCAGGCCCACCUGAAGGAGACCCGAAGCCUGAAGAACUACAGCGCCAACCGCCCCGUUCUGGAGCCCAAGACCAGCUUGAGACCCAGCCCUGGCCUUCAGCUACAGAACUAUUGCAAGAGAGGUCCUCAGACUCCGGAACAUGCUGUCUCUCAGUCCAACUUCGCCCAGUUCAACUCCACUACUCCACCCAACAACUCUAAAUGCCCCAGCGCUGGAAAACACCACAGAAGUGUAUCGCUGUCUCACAGCCCAGACCAGAGGUGUCGAGCCACCCAUUGGACAGUGCCUCGCAGAACUCCGCCCAUACCCAGAAGCAGACUCAAUCCCAUUGGAGUAUCCAAGCAUUCAGGCCCCGCCUACCAACACCUACAGGAGAUGGAGUCCAGUGAAAGGGAGGUGGGGCCACAGACAGGGUGCCAGGGAGCGCGAGCCGCCUCUGACCCCCGACACGACGCCUUCCUCCGCAUGCAGCCCCCCGGGUUGGUGGAGCGCUCGGCGGGGUGGGGCAGCAGGGUGGAGGUGCACUGUGACAUCCAGGAGGUGACCUCCAGCUCCACCAGGAGCCUGAAGGGGCCCCGGCGCACCAGUCCCUCCUCCCCGCCUCCCUUCCGCUCCUGCUCCAUCCCCAUCAUCCCCUCGGUCCAGGCCCAGCAGGACGAGGUUUCCUGCAUGCAGACAGCCAGCGGCGGCCCUUCCUCCUCUACCACCUGCGAGCCCGGGCCCAGAACCGACGGAGGAGAGGGCUUCGCCUUGAUAUCACACGACAUCUCCAACACCACUUCCUGCUCGUAUGCCGUUGGCCAGAGGGACGAGGUGGCGCUGCUAUUGGAGGAGGCCCAGGAGCAGCUCAGGGCGUUGGCCCACGCGAACAGGAAGCACGGUGACAGGAAGGAGGACUGUGGCUCCGCCCUUGAGGCCAGAGAGAUUGUUUGCUUCUUGAUGCCCAAUGGAGGAGCUGGGGGGUUUAGCUCUAAUGGACCCAUGGAGACCCAGUUGCUAAGCCCUGAAAAACCCCACAGAGACACAGCCCAGAGUGGCCAAUGAGAAGACAGUUUUGGGCUUCUCCCUUCUUGUUUUGCAGUGAACCAACCCUGGGGUAUUGGGGUCAAGACUGCAGAGUUGUGCGCGUUAGGGAUACGAUACAAUUUGUAAAAAAAAAAAUACAAACACCUAAAACUAAAAAGAAUGAACUGUGGAAAGGGAACAGAUGAAGGAUCUGAAGGAGAAGAGAAAAAUAUUUAUAUGCAUUUAUUUAAAUGAGAAACUUCUACUUAGACAAAAAGAAACCAAAUAGUCUGUCAUCUUCAUGGUGUUUUUAAUUGUAUAAAGAAUAUAUAUAUAUAUAAAUAUAUAUGGAUAUAAAUAUAUGGAAUUCAAAUGGUGACCAAGUACAGUGGAGGGAUAUGGGAAUGAUGUACUUUUUUUCUUUUUCUUUUUUUACAACAACUCCUCUGGUUUUGGAGCACCAUUUUGGGACCCAGUGCACCCUCCAAGCUCUGUAUGUUUGCUUAGUGUUCUAACCUCUCACUGGCUGCCACACUACAAAGACCCUACCACCACAAACCAGAAUCUGUGAGUGUUAUGGAGCACAGACACCCUCCUAUCUUUACCUUGGAUGUACAGUUUACUCCGCAGAAAAUGUGACGGAAUAAACAAUUGCAGAGGGAUACAAUUAGUUUGACUUUCCCUGAGAAACUUGGCGUGGAAAACAAUGGUGUCUUCAGAGACCCUCUUCAGAGCCUGUUUUCAGAGACUUCUGUUGACUAGGCAGCCCUGGUUCGAAGCUAACACAGUCUGCUAGCUCGGUGUGUUUCGAAGCUAACACAGUCUGCUAGCUCGGUGUGUAACUGAUGUUUUUUGUACGUGAGAUUCCUCUUCUGUUGACCGAGCUGUAUUUAGCAUGGGUGUCCUCCACCCCCCUUCCCCAAAUGUACACACACACACAUCUCAUGCAGAAUGGAUCGUAAAAACAGAUUUUGGCGAGUUUUCUUUUUUCAAUUUGGUUUGUGAUAAACAAUCGGCUGCUUUCUUGGACCUGUGGAGAGGAAUCGAAUUGAAAAUGUCUGUGGUAUCCUAUGGAAUUGAGACAAUUACUUAUUUCUGUUUGAAUUUACAACCAACUGUUUAAAAAAAAAAUUACAAUGACGGUGGAGAUUCUGGUGUAUCUGUUUUUAUUUUUUUAUAAGGUUCAAAAUUCUGCCCCCCCCCCCACCACCACCACCACCACAACAGUCUAUCAGAUUGUGCAUGCAAAGAUCAUCUUUUUUAGACCCACAUUACUAUUAAGCAACACUACUAGUUCACUUAAUAACUCGAAUGUUAUUCGAUCUAAACUGUUUUUUUUUCUCUCUGUAUCAAACAACCCCUUUCUGUACUAGCAUUGCCCAGUAAUUGAGAGGGUACAAUGUAUAGGGUUCCACACCACAAAUACUCACUGUCAUCACAGCACUGUAGAUGUAAUACCAGCCAAGUAGGGCUACAGUACUGUAUAUCAAAUCCAUUUGUGGUGAUGACAUCUGGAGGGGUAGAGGUUGAUCGUAAAGAUGAUUCUGUGUUUAACCACUCAUAGGUUGGUGCAUCUCAAAUGAAAACCUUUUUAGCCCUGAUAAACUGAUGAUUUGUGUCUUGCAAGCACAAUAGUAUUAUAGAAGGUUGCAAGUCUACAACCAAGGUAUUUGGUUGUAUUUGGUUGUAGACAAAGAAACUUGGAGGCUUUUUCUUUAUCACUAAACCUCAAGGAUUUUUUAAAUCUCCUGCAACCACUUAGUAAAUCCAUUUUGACUGGUGGGGUUUGGCUCCUCGAAACGCACUCUCUACAUUUUUGCAGCCGAUUGGCUUUCAGCAAUUAUGAAAAACUCAUUUAAAGCCAGGCAUCUUCGUUUCCACCCUGAACAUCUGAAAAUGACAUUACAUGUGCCUAGUAAUUGAACAUUGUCCGCUACAUUUUCCGUUUCCCCGACUUUAUCAGGGAAUAAGGCAGCGGAGAAAAAAGACUCUAGUCAGAAUGUCAGUCUGGAUUAAAGAACUCAUUGCCUUUCCUGUAAAUUAGUCGGAGAUUACGCUGUCCACAUAAAAAAGAAAAGAAAAGCGAAAAGAAAUAAUUUUUUUACAUUUAUUUGUACUCAAACCUCUUGUCAGACUCGACACAUUUGUACAGGUAGUGCAGUGAAUGCACAGUGUGGGCUUGAUUUUGGUGUGUGCUUGCUUGUGUGUGACAGACAGUAGGUGACAGUGUGUGAACGAUCGUGCAUAUUUACACGAAUAUCCAUGCGUGUUGCCAUAACAUUGGCCCAAUGCAAACGAUGACAUGAUGCAUGUGUUUUUCGCGCUAGCCGGACUGGACUGCAUUACCAGGCGGCUUGGCAGAGGAGGUUUCCCUUGUAGCCCAGGCCUGGUCAGCGUUAGAAAGCUUCAGGCUGGCUGAUGGCAGUCUGCAGGGUCAUACCAUCAGGUCCACACUGAUAAGAACCCAGUCUGAUCCUCAUGGAACCCUCGCUGCCAGGCAGCCUAGCCCGAUCAGAGCGCGUGCCGGAUCAACCACGUGCCACGCCGCUAGACAGAAGACAAUCCCGCCCCUGCCCUAAUACAGUGGAACAGUUUACAAUGAGAGUGUCCUGAAGUGUAGAGCGUAAAGCUUGUCUUUUAAAUCCCUGUCCUCGAGAAACCAAGGGGUGAAAUGUGUCUUUUUGAGGUGGGAAAUGGUGGUAUUUCAAGGUUUGUAGUUUCAGACAAGAUGAUGAUGACGGUUGGCAGGAAAGGUGAGAAACGCGCAGCAGGGGAGGUUAAUACUACAGCAUGCUAAUUUCCAUUUGAAAAGGCCCGGCGUUGCACUCUCCAAAGUUUAUUUGAUAAAGCGCAGUGAGGCAGAGAGAAGAGUUAAUCCAUGGUGGAGAUUGUGAGCCUGUGAAUGAGGACACAUCACUGGAAGGAUGAUGGGAUUUAAAACAGAGGGAUGGUGAAAUGGAAAGAAUCUACCGACUUUGGCUCGCCCACUGUGAGUUUGUUUACCUGUGUGCGCAUGCAGGUUUAGCACUUGCAGAUACUGUGUGUGUUUGUUUGAGUUUCUGUAUCCCGGCACUGGUUGAAGCUACUGUACACAGACAGACAGUAGGCUACAGUAUUUCCAUAAUAAACCGGUUUUCAAUACCUGAUGGUUAUAGACAUCAACUCAACAGGAUUCCCUCUCAGCUUUGGAUCUUGUCACUACAAAUGGUGAAAUAUGAGAUGGGAGAGGAGUCUAGAUAUCCUAGCCUCGAGCUCUACACAGGAGCGGUUCAGUGUGUGUGUGUGUGUGUGUGUGUGUGUGUGUGUGUGUAUGUGUGUGUGUGUGUGUGUGUUCUGGCCUUUACUCACACACUGUUCCUGGUAAUGUAAAAAAAAUAGUCCAGUUGUGAUAUGAAAAACAUUGUUUUUCAUAUCAUUUCUAUCCAUGGCAGUGAAGAACCUUAUUUCGGUGGUACCCCUAAAAAAAAUGAUAUAGUGGAUUUUUUCAGUUCAUUUUAUUUUUUUAAUCUUUUCUUUUUUCAAUAAAGAUGAGUCUUCAGUGUU